AGAGAGAGAGAGAGAACCAGAGAGAGGCAGCAGGCGACAUGGCUGACUCCCAGUUGAUAUGUUUGGAUGAUAAUCAUGUUAAUGUUAGCAUUAAUGACAAGAAUCCACAAUUUUUUUACUGUGAAUCACAGCGGCUGGCUUUGGGGGAACUGCUGGAAUCCAGGGCAGCAGAUUUCAGCAAAAUUAUCAAGAAAAAAGGCAUGAAGGAGUUUUUAUCUUUUAAGGAAGUAAAGAAAAUUUCCAAGAAUUGGGAAAAGUAUAACGUGGACAAAACAGACUCUCCACAAGGUAAGGGAACAGAGGGUGAUGGCUCCCUCACCUACUGGCCAGAAAAGAGUGACAUUCCCAUUCCCGAGCUGGACUUGGGCUGGACGGAGUAUGUGGCCUAUCGAGGGAUCACUAGGGCCAUCGUCUAUAUGCAUCCCCCCAAGAACAAUGAGCCUUUCAUCAAGGAAAUCGUGCGGAAGAUGAUCCAGGAGUCCAGCAAGGUGAUUGCGGUGGUGAUGGACGACUUCACGGACCGGAACAUACUCAUGGACCUUCUGGAGGCUAGUUACCGGCGCAGGGUGGCAGUCUACGUCGUGCUGGACCAGGGUAACCUGAAGUACUUCCUGGAGAUGUGCCGUGGGUUGGAGCUGAAUGAGCUGAAGAUUCGAAACGUACGAGUUCGUUCCAUUGCUGGCAUCGGCCUCUACUUGGUGGCAGGACACGUGUUGGGCUCGUUAAAUCAGAAGUUUAUGAUCGUGGACGGCGAUAAAGCCCUUUCGGGGUCUUACAGUUUCACCUGGAGCUGCGCCCGGCUCCACCGCAGUAUGACCACCCUCUUCACCGGGCAGAUCCUGGAGGCGUUCGACACCGAGUUCCGGGAGCUCUACGCCAACUCGGACGCCGUGAACCUGCACGAGGAGCUGGGAAUCAGUUCGGACUUCAAGCUCCGAGACAAAGGCACCGAGGGCGGCCUCAUCCCUCCCCGCUCCACCGAACUCCAGCGCAAGCUCAACAACCCCAAGUACUUGCUGGCGAUGGAGGGGGUUCGCCGGGCAGCCUCGGACAACAAGCUGUCGCCGACCAUUGACGGUAAACUCCCGGAACGGGACCGGACUCUGGCCCGCCGGGACCGCAGGGGGACCCUGCACGAAAGCAGGAAGGAGGACGACGGCAAGAGCCAACGAGCCGUCCACGAUUGGCUGCUCAAGAACGAUGUCAGGGGCCUCGACCAACCGGAGCCUCUGGAGGACCUGGUCCCGCCUCACAAAAUGCCCAAUAGCAGCAAAGUGGGCGGGAGCAAGUUCAAGUUCCCCAACUUUGGGAGGGCGCUCUCCAGAAAGGACCGAUCCAGCCUGAUGGGCAGCAGGGACUUGUCAGAGCUGGCCCCCAGCGGCCCCUCUGAGUCAGACCUAUCCUCCAAAAAAAGCACCAAGGGCAAGAGGAAGAAAGAGGAGGUUGAUGGCCAGGACAAAGCCAAUGCAGGAAGGUCGAGCUCUCCGUUCCUGGAACGCCACGCCAGCACCAACACCAUCAAGAGUAAAAAGGAGAAGUGCCGGAUUUCGUGAGGAGUUGGCGGCAGACCCGUGUUGCAGGCCGUUCGGCCCUUCGAGCGUGUGCUGGACAUCAUCUUCUCAUUUUCUUUUUCCCGCCAACUCUCCCCCCCCCCACCAGUUCCACCACUCACCCACACAUCAGGGGCAACUAGUCCGCCAAUCGGCCCGCCUUUGGGGUGCGGGACGGAAUCGGAGCGCUCGGGAUGAUCACGGGGAGAAUGCGGGAACCCCACGUGCUGGAGUUUGGGAAUGAAUCCGGAUCGCUUGAGCUCCGCAAGGUGUGGAGGGGGGGGGGAAAUGGGGCGGGUUCACCACAGUAGAUUUGCUUGUACAGCCUGGUGUACCUGUUUGAUGUCUUUUUCUGGUCCGGCGUCGCGUCUCGAUCGCUCGGACCCGAAUGUCCGACUGUCCCGGGUCGGACAGCCGGCAACUUCGUGGACAACAGCGCCCCGUCGUGGCCAGGCGAAGAACUGCACAUUCAUAUUUCCUCAUAUCACCGAGAAAGGGUACGUUUGUAAACUUGUGGGGCACGGGAGGGGGCAGAACACCACCUUCUGCCUCCUCUAAAAGUAGGCGAUGAGUGUUUUGGAUAAGUUCACAUUACAGAGUGAAAAACUGUCAUCUCGGGGUCUGGUAUCAGCAGCAUUGGGACAACCUGUUGACAAGGUCACCAGUGCCUGCCUGCCUCUGUAUUUUCAAAAGUUCGAAGGACUUUUUACUAUCUAGGUAUGUGUACUUUAUGCAGCCUCGAAGUUCGUCUCCUUACAGGCAGCCACGAAACAUAGAGCCCCGACAGAAACCAUUAGAAGCAAAAGAACACCCAAUGUGCUGAGAGAGAAAAAAAACAAAUUGUGCAAACGGUAAAACCAAGCAAACAGUGUUCAGAACUGAAGUUCACAAUGCCAAGCAUCACCGCAGCCGAUUCGAAAGCACCAGCCCGGCGCAUUGCACAGAGCAGUGAGCCGAGCUGGUCCCUCUCUCGCCUCCGACCCCGGCACCCCGACCAUUUCAAUCCGGCCCGGCCCGUGCUUAAGUUGUCCAAACCGCGGGACAUUCCUCACUCUCGGACCCGGGCUCUGCUGCUUCACUACAGCUCUCAAAUCGUUCAGACCUCGGACCUCGUCUCGCCCCCGCCGCGUCGAAUUUCCCCCUCGUUCGCCUCCAGCAACUCCAGCCCCGGACAUGGCUGCAACCGUCCUGGUCCCCGCAAAAUGCCACAUCGUACGGCUCAACCCCGAUGGGGGAAGCCACAGGCUACAGCUUGCAGCAAUUGUUUACCAGCGAGAACGGCAAAAUAUUUAGUCACUUUCUUCGUUCCAGUGGCCACGAGGAAGUCGCCACUUAAGCCAGUAAGUAGCGGCUUGGUAAACCAGGCGUGUGUGAGAGAUUGAACACUGAAUGCCCUGCAGGUUCGGAUCCAGAUUGAUCCACAACACGUACGCAGAAACAGUCAAAUGCGUCAUUCCUGUUAAAACCAGCACAGCGCAAGGUGUGGUGGGGUGGGAUGGGCAGCCCGCGAGUGUUACCACACGCCCGGGCACCAACAUCGCCUGCCCACAACACUCGAACGAACAACACAGAACACAACGAGCAAUGAAACAACAACAGCAGAACAGGCCCCGGCCCUCCCUCGCGACGAUCUACUCACACACGUGGACAGUCCCCCUCACGACAGGGCAGGCCUCAGGCCUGCAGGCUUUGGCCAUCGGGCGUGGACUUCCGGGAUUUGGGACUUCCAUAAUCAUUCCAGACAGAAGGUUUUCCCACUUUUUCCCAAGGUUCGGAAUCACAUUAGCCCUCCGAACCGAUACGGACGCAGACGGGAGUUGGGAAUGUGGAGCGACAGGCAAUCGUCUGGAUGAACUCAGCGGGCCAGACAGCCGCCGAUUCAACACCACCCUCAACCCCUCUCCUCCAGAGUCUACCCGGCGGCCUGCCGAUGCCUCUCCUCCCGCUGGGACUGCACACAGAACCAGCACCGGCCUGAGCCAGGAGGAGAGAAGCCGGUGGCCAGUGGAGUCGGAGCUCAGGGGAAGGCCCGGACCAUCCGGGGCAGCUUGUGGAGGAUGGACGCGGUGGGACAGAGAGCAGCCGUGAUCUUAGCGCAUGGGAGAAAAGUCAAGAGUCUGACUGGCCUGCCCCUGUUCGUUUAGCGAAACAGCACAGACUAGAACCUUCCGGCCCUUCGAGGGCACCACUCCAGCAAUCCCUGGCACCCCCGAUUUCACCCUAACCUAAUCACGGGGACAAUUUACAAUGACCAAUUAACCUACUCGGUGUGCCUGUGGGGAGAAAAACCAAAGCACUCUGGGAAACCCUGCGAGGAGGGGGUACAGGGGUCACCAGAAUUGAACUCUGAACUCCGACAUCCCGAGCUGUGAUAGUGUCGCGCUAACUGCUACGCUGCCAUGGCGACCACGGUUAUGUCACCCAGGUUUUCUGUGUUCGGGAUAUGGACUUGGACUACAGACUUUUUUCUCAGUCUUAUAGCUUUUUAUAUUCUGCGUUUUUCACCCAAACUUUCUCUCUUUUUUUUGUGUGUGCAGGGGGUGGGAUUGACGUGGCUGUUCCACUCAUGUUUUUUUUGUGCGGUGGGGGAGGGAUUUGUGGGGGUUGGUGAACAAAAGGAACCGUCCCUUUCUUCCUCGGUUCCGUGGCUCUCUGGAGAAGAAGAAUUCCAGAGGUUGACACUUCGAUAAUAAAUGAACCUUUGGAUGGUUAGUUUAAUUAGUGCCUUCUGCUUCUAAAUCUUGAAUUCCCUAAGAAACUAGGCUGGCACCCCAGACCCAAGUAUAAAGUUUAAAGUAAGUUUAUUAUCGAAGUGCAUAAAUGUCACCAUGUACAACCCCGGGGUUCGUUUACUUGAGGGCAUUCACAGUAAAUACAGAAAUCACAAUAGAAUUGACGAAAGAUCGCACCCAACAGGGGACAAACAGCCAAUGUGCAAACCAUGCAAAAUACAAAAAGAAAGGAAUAAUAAUUAUAAAUAAGCAAUAAGUAUCAAGAAUAUGAACAAACAAUCCUUGAAAGUGAGUCUAGAGGCUGUGGGAACAGUAAAGGUAUCCCCUCUGAAAAAGGAUCUAGUGCUCUCCCGGUGUGUAUGAUUUCUCGAGCUGCCAGCCGGGUGCAGAUAUUGAUUAUUACAAAUGUUUCGAUGACAAACUCUCUCAUCCUGAAGAUGGCAGAGUUUCUCAUUGAAACGCCGGUUAUAAUUGAUACCUGUACCUGGCUGGAAGCCCGUGGUAACCCGCUUUGGUUCAAGAGGAACGCAGUGGGAAUACAGACCGAGACGGCACCCACUGGGGCUGGGAUACAGAAACAACCAGGACCCAUGGGAUCUGGAGUGCACUCAGAGCCAGCACCCUUGGGAGUUGGGAUCCAGACAUGUUACACUUGCUUUUAAGCCAAGAUUUGCUCUCAGUAUUCAUGCUGUUCUGAAUUCAGAGGAUUCAACAUCCUAAAUGACUCCAGUAAUAGUAUUUAUAGUUUAUAACUUUCGGUGUUUUUCUAAAUGGGGCUCAGAACUUGCUCUCAUACAGGAUGAAAAUGUUUAAAGGCAUUCCAGGAUUAUUGCAAGAAGAACGUAGGUGAGACUUGUUCAUCUUUGAAACAACAAUGUGAAUGUAUGUAUGUUACAUAAAGAAAUGACUUUACACUAAACAUUCGGUAUAAACUUUUGUACAUUUCUGUAAUUUUGUUUUAAUAAACUUUAUUUUAAGGAUAUUUGA